UGUUCGUACGUAUUCUUACACUUCUCUCCAAUGUUUUUUUGUUCUUACAGUUUCUUCUGUUUCAUAUAAACUUUUUUUUUUAGAAAUUGAAAUCUACAUUAAUCGAACGAUCGAUGGUGAAGUUGACGAAGAGAAUAGGAGGGCUUGUGCUGCGAUUGGCAGCUUUUGGUGCAGCUCUUGCAGCCGUGGUAGUUAUGGUCACUAGCCACGAGAGAGCUUCCUUCUUCGCCGUCUCUCUUGAAGCUAAGUACACCGACAUGGCCUCGUUUAAGUAUUUUGUGAUCGCAAACGCUGUCGUGACUGUUUACAGCUUUCUGGUUCUGUUUCUUCCAAAGGAGAGUUUGCUUUGGAAAUUCGUCGUCGUCUUGGAUUUGGUGAUGACAAUGCUACUGACGUCAAGCUUAUCGGCAGCACUAGCAGUGGCACAAGUGGGAAAGAAGGGAAACGCAAACGCAGGUUGGCUUCCGAUUUGCGGCCAAGUUCCAAAGUUCUGCGAUCAGAUCACCGGAGCUCUAAUCGCCGGUUUCGUGGCACUCGUCCUCUACGUCUUCUUACUCUUGUAUUCUCUCCACUCCGUCGUCGACCCUUUUCUCCUUCAGAAAUCUUGAAUCUAACCUUUUUUCCCCUUUUUUCCUCGAGUAUCCAUCUAAUUUUACGUCUCUCAUAGACACAAAUUAAUACCUUAAACCUUAGCUCAAUGUCGACUUGAGACGUAGUUUGUGUAUUGUGUUUGUGUAAUUUCUAUUUACGUGUCGAAAUUUUCAUGGCUUUUUAUAGAUUCCUUUACGGAUUAUGGAAUACUAAAACUAUUAAGAAACAAUUUAAAAUUUGUAUA